AGAGAGAGAGAGAGAGAGAGAGAGAGAGAGAGAGAGAGAGAGAGAGAGAGAGAGAGAGAGAGAGAGAGAGAGAGAGAGAGAGAGAGAGAGAGAGACACAGAGAGAGACACAGAGAGACACAGAGAGAGACACAGAGAGAGAGAGACUUUAAAGGGGAAUUGUCCGUGCGGUUCUUCCUGAUCAACUCCAUGACAAGACAAAGCAUUCCACUAUGGGUGUAUCAAAGACACUCCUUCAAAUGCCGGUUUCAACCUAAGUAGGAAAGAUCAGAUUAGAUGGCUGCCUUUUCCACAGUCUCAUAAGAGAGCACUUCACACAGAUAACAUGUCAUUCAUUUGUUAUUUCCCCUUCCCUCUCUGUUUCAGGCUGUCCUUCUAUUCGGGACACUCCUCGUUUUCCAUGUACUGCAUGCUGUUCCUGGCUCUCUACCUCCAGGCUAGGCUCACAGCCAGCUGGGCGCGCCUCCUGCGGCCCACUCUGCAGUUCUUCCUGAUCGCGGCGUCCGUCUACACGGGCCUGUCCCGGGUGUCCGACUACAAGCACCACUGGAGCGAUGUGCUGGUGGGCCUGCUGCAAGGAGCCCUCAUGGCCCUCCUCGUGGUGUUUUUCGUGUCCGAUCUUUUCAAGAAGAAGGAGGAGGCGGUAAAACCAGAGGAGAUUUCCCACGCGAGCUUCGUGGAGUCCCCCACCAACGGGAACUUUGAAAGCCCCAACUAAACCGACAUGCAAACGAGGGGACGGGAACACUUUGCAUAUCCGCUCACUAGUGCUUCUACCUGACGCGCCUUCUUGUCAUCCAGUAUCCAACCCAUUCCCCGGCAGGGAUAUACACAAAAGAGUAUUGCUGCAAUAGUGCACCGUCGCGCCGUUCAUAUGUCUCAAAAGCCAUAUCACCUUAAUCAUGGACAAGAUGGGACGUGGUCGUUCUCCAAGUGGAGAUGAUCACGCAAGAGGAAGAGGAAUUGUAUUAUCCUACACCAAAUCGUGGCCCCCUUAAGAUCAGUUUUAUCAGGGUUUUUUUAAGUUGCUUCAUUGGCUUUUGUUUUUUCAGUUGGGAGCCAUUAUUGCAUUUAGCGGCCAAUCCGGGGAGGUCCUGCAAGUGUCCACUAAAGGGUUUGACCACUGCUUGGGAGAGGGGGGGGGGGGGGAGAGGGCAUGUCAUUGAAUGUAACACUACUUCAUGCUUUCUCCCCCCCACACCUUCAAACCAGAUGUUGUGCGACACUGAUUCAUAUUUAAAGGAAGUACAGAAACCAUUCAGCAUUACACUCCCCAGUUUCCUCGCUGAAGCAGAUCGCUGUGACCACUCAUCUCGCUAUCAACAAUUGAAGCAUUGUUAGGACAGAUCACGGAAAAAUGAUAGCGGUGUAUUUUGUGUAUUUGUUCUGCCUUAAAACAGGGUUUCCAUUCGGCGCUGUUCCAAUGUUUACACCGAAUUAGAAAAGACUAGUCUAGUAUAGUGAAACGGUGAAUCUGUAGUACCUUUAGAACAAACCUACUCUAGAACGAAGGUGAGGAGCAUAAAAUACGAAUAAGUAUAUUGCAUUUUUGUGAAUUUAGUAUGCAAGAAAACAAAGAUUCAAAUCACUUGUGUGCUGGAGACAAAACACUGACGAAAGUAGGAACAGCGGACCCCCUCUGGCCCACCUCAUCUGGAACUGUUGCUGCGUUUGUGUGAUGCAAAUACCCACCCCCCCCCCCCCAAACAGAAUCCGAAAUGACCGUAGAAAUAUUCCCCCCUUUGGACAAAGUAAGGAGGAAGAUGUUUGGUUUUUGUGUUCCGUGUUGCCUUAGCUGGAAUGCUGCUAGUGCAGAACUCUGGCACUCAGUACUACAUAGAGACGCCAUAUUGUAACUUGUAUGUGCAGAGCAAAAGAAAACGAAAAUACAUCCACUUUUGUAUGUCAACUGAUUAUUUUGUUUUUAUUGAAGAGGCGUUACAAAUAUGUACAAAUAUUGAUGUUCUGCAUGUUGAACAGAAAAACAACCCAGACAUUUUGCUUAUUAACAUGAAAAAUAAAAUGGAACAGAAAAACAGACGUUUCUGGAUAAGACUGCUCGGGUAAAAAACAGGGCCUAGGGGAACUAGGUACAUCUCAUGAAAUAAAAAUGGGAAUCGAUGCAAUAACUUCCACCGCAGGGCUGCGUUUCUGAGGGGAAGUGGUCCGUGUUCCCACUAACAAACCUUCCAGAUCUCUAUGCUGUCAGACUAAGAGCAGGAGCUCCGCUCAGUGAGAUGAUCCUCCGUCGUAUCCAAACGGUCACUGAUGUUUAGCCUCGUCUUACACUUUGGAAA